AUGUUCGUUCUUGCAGGCUGUCAAUGGAGUAGCGGUAAUGUUGAACGAGCAGCAAUUUUGGAAUCAUCCGCUGGGAACAUGGCUCAAGUUCGUUCUCUUCAGUUCUCAUUUAGUACUGUUGUCAUUAUGGAUUAUGCCGACUGCGUUCGUUCUGGUGGAACAGAAUAUUCUUCGACUUCUGAGAAAGACAAUUUAUCAAUAGGGUCUACUAAUCCGUAG